CUGACGGCGCGCAAAUUGAGACGUCACUUCCGGAACCGUGGUGCACGAGCCGGCGCUGUAAGUGAGGGCAGAUCUCGUUCGGAAGCAUCAUGUCCUCCCUGCUGAAAGUGGAUCAUGAGCUGAAGAAGAAGGUUGAUUGUUUCCGAGAGAGGAUAACAAAUGAGGCUGAAGACCUGGUUGCAAUUUUUUUCCCAAAAAAGUUACUGGAACUGGAUGGAUUUCUUAAGGAACCUAUGCUAAAUGUUCAAGACCUUUCCAAAAUCCAUUGCGAAAUUAAUUUGCCAGUGCCAGAUCCCAUUCUUCUGUCCAACAGUCAUGAUGGAAUUGAUACGCCAACUCUUAAGAAGAGAAAACUGGAAGAUGGAGAAGACUGUUCAGGGACUAAAAUUUUUGUCAUGCCUAAUGGGAUGCUGAAGAGUAACGCCCCCCUUGUUGAGAUCAUUGAAAGAGUAAAACCUGAGAUAAGGCUACUCAUAGAGAAAUGUAACACGGUAAAAAUGUGGGUUCAACUCUUAAUUCCAAGGAUAGAAGAUGGAAACAAUUUUGGCGUGUCAAUUCAGGAAGAGACUGUGGCAGAGUUGCGGACAGUAGAGAGUGAAGCGGCUUCUUACCUAGAUCAGAUUUCCAGAUAUUACAUUACCCGGGCAAAACUUGUUUCUAAAAUAGCAAAGUAUCCUCAUGUGGAAGAUUAUCGACGUACGGUGACAGAAAUAGACGAAAAGGAAUAUAUUAGUUUACGACUAAUUAUAUCAGAACUGAGGAACCAAUAUGUGACAUUGCACGAUAUGAUCCUCAAAAACAUUGAGAAAAUCAAGAGGCCCAGGAACAGCAAUGCUGAAACCCUCUACUAACCAGCGCGUCCUCGUAAUCCCCUCUCAAAUUUUUAGUUCUAUAUUAUUUUUUUCUUCUUCCUUUGAACAUAAAAGGAGUAAAGACCAUCAUUGCCUUGUUUGAACUUCUGACAUCCGUACCACCAAGAAGGGAAAGAAACUGGCCUGGAAAUCAGUGUGCAGGUUUUUAAUUGUAUUAAACUCCCCCCUCCCCUAUUUUUUCUGGAAUUGACUGCUAAAUAAUUGUGUAGAAAGCCCUGCUCAAUGAUGAGGAGCCUUGAAGCCUUAUCACGUGUCGAGUGCUGUAGCCCGAAUUCUGGAGCUUUCUCCUCUGGUACUUUUCCGUGCAUCGUGACAGUCCUUGAAACGUUGUGGAGUGUCACGCCGCCGCUGCUGCUGCAGAACACCUUUGCUAAUUUCUACCUAAUAUACUGGAAUCCUCAAUAGAGAAAUGACCCAUUGUACUUGCCUCUUCCAAUUUGUAAGUGUAGUACUGACACCUCUGUACCAGGGGCAGUUUUUUUUUUUUUACUUUUUUUUUUUUUUGUGUGGAUGCUGGCAUGGACGCCCAUCUAAAAAGUGUAUCCAUAGGAUAACCAGAG